AGGAGAGAGAAAAUAAUAGUGGGAUAUUGAAAAAGUAUAAGAGAGAUUGGUGGGCAAGUAUUUUUUUGCUCGUUGGUGUGAUAGUUAUUGUGAAAAAACUUUGCUCAUGGACAAAAUGAUAUUUGGUGAGAGAGAGGGUGGGAAGAGAGAGAGUGAGCAGGUUGUUUUUUGCCCACUGCUGUGAGUAGUCUUAGAAUGGCCCAAUAAGCCAUGUCAACGGUCCAUUAGAAAGUGAACCAAAAAAGACCACCGAAUCACUUAACACACGAGCGCCUGCUUCAUCGAUCAUGUUUUGUUUGGCAUAUUCUUUUUUUUUUCACUAACGGAACUAUAAUCUACGGUUCAAAUUAAAAAUAAAACCAAUCAUAUCAUCAACGGCUAUAAUUUCAUCUCACCGUAAAUCCCCAAAUAUUUUUUUAUCAUUAAAUUAAUUCUCACCUUCAUCAGCAGAAAAAAAAUAAAUAAAUAAAAUAAAAUUACAACCCCCAAAUUAUUUGAACCAAACAAAAACCCUAAUUAUUUCCUGCUACUUCUUUCUCUCUCCUCUUUUUUCUGCAAAAUUUAAAUUCGUCAAUUUUUUCUCUUCUCUUUCAACUAUAUUGGCGUUUCUGAGUGUCGAAUCAAAUGAUUGGUACAAAGCGUCGAAACGUUUCAUUGAGCUCCAAUGCUGAUGAAAACCCUUUUCAAAGUAAAAAGACCAUAGCAUCACCAUCAUCUGGAGUGGAAACAGCUGCAACACCACCAUUGGAUCGGCGUAAGGUUGCUCGACAACAUGUGAGGGCUUUAAAUACUGAAUUCGCAAGUUGGGUGCAAUCUCAGUUGCGGGAUCACCCAGAUGAACUUUGGGAAGAUGGCGUCAGGGACUACCUAACUCAGGGUUCGGACAUACUGGAGAAAUUUGCUGAUGUUGUUAACUGGCUAAAAUCAAAUACUGGUAGUGAAGGUAGUAGUGUGCCUAUAUUGGGAACCCACAGCAAUGAGAAGAAAAAUACACCACAUGCAAACAACAAGGAACUAAAUUUUGGCCCAAAGUUAUUUAACUUCGGUAUGUCUAAUGCCAAUGCGGGACUCAUAUCUUCGUCAAACUCUGGAGUUUCCAGCACCCAAGCCUCAGUUCUUAACACAACUUCAAGCUCAUCCCCUUCAUGGAAUUUAGGAUUGUCUGCCAGUUCUCAAGCUCUUUCGCAAAGUGUGAGUACUGCUCCAACAACUUCAUGGAGCUCUGGAGUAUCCACUGAUAACAAAUCCGUAUCACCAGUAAAAACUGUUAGCUUUUCUACUUCGCCUAAUUUUGGUGUAUCAUCAAACAAUCAAGCACCCUCAUCGACGACUACCACAAGCUUUAUGGGAUCCACAAGUUCUGGAAUAUUCUCCAACAGUCAAACACCACCAUUUGGUGCUUGGAAUGCUGGAAACUCCUCCAACAGUCAAACAUCUUUCUUUGGUAAUCUGAAACCGGCAGCUUCAAAUGACACUGCUAAGGAGGAUGCUCAUGAAGAUAAUGAACCUGAGCAGCCUAGCAGCCCAUCUGUGAAAAAGGCUGAAGAGAAGGGUAUCACUGUGGUGCAUGAAACCAAAUGCAAACUCUAUGUAAAGUCAACUGAUCCAGCUGAUAAAGAGCCAUGGAAGGAUAAAGGUACUGGCCAGCUCUCCAUCAAAUGUGUGGAGGGUGCUAGCAAGGGUACCAAGGAAUCCAAGCCAAUAGUUCUUGUUCGUAAUGAUGUCGGAAGAAUUAUGCUUAAUGCUUCAAUAUACCCAGGCAUAAAGACAAGUAUGCAGAAAAAUGCCAUUGUGACCAUAUUCCAUACUUCGGAGGAUAGUGAAGGGGAAUGUAAAGUAACCCCCCGUACCUUUCUAAUAAGAGUAAAGAAUGAAGUGGAACGAAAUAAGCUGGCAGACACUAUACGUGAACAUGCACCAGCUGCUUGAGAGCCAGAUAAACUAUUUGUUUAUGAUUGUAGUUUCAUAGUUCUUCGUGGGUGACCUGGCUGUAUUUAAUGUCAGCCAGCGGUUAUUUGUUUUCUGCUGCAAUUUUGCAGGAAAAUGAGUACAGAUGAACCCUUUUGUGCCAGAAUUUGUUUUACGAUAUCCUCCAAUGCUUACAGGAGAUGUUGAUACACAGGAGCAGGGAGGGCAUGUAUCAUAAACAAUAGUGAGAAGGUUAGAAAAUUUUCCUCUGCUCUUGUCAUUAAAUGGUAUGUAUCAUGAUAUUAGGUUUGUCAGAUUGCUUUGUAGGCUACAAAUCUGUAACUCAAAGGCAAUGUUCAACUCAUACGCAAAGUAAUCGAAAUGGUUUUCCAUAAUUGUUUCUCUUUUUUCGAUGCCA